AUGGCUUUUGUUGUUACAGACGGUGAAGCAGCGGAGAAGAGGAAGGUACGUAGUGGAGCAGAGGAGAAGAUGAAGCAAAAUAUGAAUCCAAGUGAAGCAGAACAACUACAACAAGAAGUACACCAGUUGGAAAAAGACCGUGUAGGAUCUAAGCGUCCAAUGUCUGCCAUUGUUCUAUCGGAUAAACAAGGAGAAAGUAGUUCUGCACGACAACAUGGUGCUAAAAAGAAAGGUCGUGGACCAACUAAUAUGUUUGAUGUCCAUGCUCGCAAAUUUGAAGCCCGUGUUCCUAUCUAUUGUAAUGACAAAGGACAACCUAGAGGUCCAGAAAAACAUAGGAAAGAGCUUACUCGGUUCUUAGGAACUAUUGCUCGUGACUACGAUUGGGCCCCUUUAACUUACACAAAUUGGCAAAAAGUUCCAAACAAGGACAAAGUAUGGGAGUAUGUGAAAAGCAAGUACAUACUUCCACCUGAAUCUGAAGAGUGGGUAUAUGAAACCCUUGAUCAAUCUUGGAGAGGAUUCAAAUGUAGACUUAAAAAGCUACAUUAUUAUGCAUAUGGCAGCUAUGAGGAGAGAUUGGAACAUCCGCCGGAGGGAGUGCCUGAAGCACAUUUCAAAACACUUCUAGCUUAUUGGGAGACUAAUGCAGCAAAGAAAACAAGUUUGCAGAAUUCGGAAAAUCGCAAAGAGCAAGACAAUAUGCACACAGUUGGUCCGGUGUCAUUUGCCAUGCGUUAUGACAAGAUGCAAGCUAUGCGAGAACUGGAGGCAUUACAAGAUGAUCAGAAUAGUGAAUCUCAUAAGGAUUCAUAUAUUUGA